AUGGCCGACAAUUUCUCUCAAGAACAAGCUUAUUUGAAACAACAUCAUUUAACUGUCUAUUUUGAAGAUUGUAUUCGAGGUCUUCUCGAGGCUCGACGUCGAUCUUCGCCGGUAACACCUGUAAAAUUCGAUAUCAAUACGCAUCUAAGAGACUAUUUCGCCCAAGUCAAACGUGAAUUGCAUGUUGUAGGUCGCGAGUAUACAUUCGUUAAUAGUACACCUUAUAAUCAUUGUGCAUUAAUCAGUCAUAUAUGGUCAAAAUAUGAGACAGCUAUUCCCACUCCGGGAACACUCAAAGAACUUCAUACAUUAAUUCUGACAAUUUGUCCAGAUUUUCCAUAUUCAUUGUUGGAAUCAAGUGCUAGCCUACUUGGCGAUCGAGACUGGUCGUUAUCUGCGGAUUAUAUGGCGUUUUUACGUGCUUUCCAACUAACAUUUAUCUAUAGCGAAUUCAUUUAUGAAUCUCAACAACUAUUUCGUUCAUUAACACAUCAUUUAACAUGUCAUGUGCCCACAGCUGAAACAAGUGUACCACAAGAAAAUCACGAUCAACGCCAGUUAUUGUCUGAAGGGUUUCAGAAACUAAUCAAAACACGAACUUGCUCGUGUCCACCGAUACACAUUCUAGAUGAAGUGUUAGUUCUAUUGGAAGAACAAAAACCAGUUAGUCAUCAAAAAUUCUUAGUACAAUUAGCCAAAAGUGUAGACUUAACUCGAUUCAUUGGCAAAGAGCCUAUUAUUAUUAAACCAGCGCGUCCAAAUCAAUCGCAACGACUCACUAUUGAACCAGUAUUUCCCAUUCAGAACGAACCAAAACUAACUCUCACGUCCAUUCCCUCUUCGACAACACAUUUGUUACCGCCAUUACCUAAACAACAGGGACUUGUUCGUGAAAGACCGAUUCGACAUGGCUCAGCGGCAUCUGGAAUUAUUUCAAGCAAUGCUAGUCGACGUGCCGAUUCAGCAACAUCAUUUAUAGCGUCAUCUAAUUCAGCAAAAGCAUCGCAUUCAACAACAAAUACUGCUAAACAAGAGAGAAAUGACACAGACACUGAUGUGGAAUCGGUUUCAUCAGAUACAGACACAUAG